AGACUGAGGUUCACGGUGCCUCCUCACAAACACACAGACAUUUCUGCUGUCAGGGCUGCUACACCUGCUCUGCUGAGGCAAGACUAACAGAGGAGACACCUGUGUGGGAAGAUCAUCCUUCUUUUUUGGGAGAAUGAAACUUGAAGUCUUCUCUGCGCACCAUUUCGUGCAGAAGCCGCUGGAGCUGUGCAUGGACACAGAUGGAGGAGUCCCAUCUCCUUUGUCCGGGGACGAGCUGGGAUCGGACGGGGACUGCGUGGCCAAUAGCCCGGCACCUGUCACCCAGGGCAGCGACGGCAGCAAGGGGAAACCCUACACCCGCAGACCCAAACCCCCCUACUCUUACAUCGCCCUCAUCGCCAUGGCCAUCCGGGAGUCCAGCAGCGGCCGCCUCACUCUGGCAGAAAUCAACGACUACCUGAUGAAGAAGUUUCCAUUUUUCCGUGGCAGUUACACCGGCUGGAGGAACUCGGUGCGCCACAACCUGUCACUCAACGACUGCUUCCUCAAAGUGCUGCGGGACCCGUCCAGGCCCUGGGGCAAGGACAACUACUGGAUGCUCAACCCGAACAGCGAGUACACCUUCGCUGACGGGGUGUUCCGUCGCAGGAGGAAGCGCAUCACCAAGGGGCCCCCCAAGGAGCAGGAGAGCCCGGACCUGCUCAGCGAGGACACUCGUCUUCCCGCUCCGGAGGAGAAGUUGGGGGCCAAGUUCUCCAGCUCCUUUGCCAUUGACAGCAUCCUCAGCACACCCUUCAAACGGAGGGAGGACAGCCAUGUUGAUGCAGACAUCUACGCCCCCCGGCUCUACUGGCCUGCAGGCCCCCAAAUAUUUCCAUAUACUCUGAACUAUCCGGCACAACACACGUACCUGUCAAAGGCGGCGUACAGCAGCACAGAGCCCAGCAGGGAUGCACUCAGAUACCUCCAGCACACAGCCCCGGGCAUGGUCGCACCGGGGGUCACUUUCAAGGUGCCCAGCAAGGCGCGAAGUUUCCACAUAGACUCUCUGCUGUCAUGAAACACCCGGACUGACGUCAGACUUGUAUGUUUUGACCCAUGAUGAGCACUUUUGCGGGGGCUUUUAGCUUUCAGUGCUUUAGCUGUUUAACUGUUUGGGACUCUGUCUCAUCAUGGCCACUGCGAGUGAUUCUGCAGUGAAACAACAACAAACAAACAAGCACGGCGUGUUCUCAAUAUAGCCCUUACUGCGUGAUGUCAAAGCAAAAAUCUGCUGUCAUCGCAGGACAUUCCACAAUGUGUUUGUGUCUGUGUGUGUGUGUGUGUGUGUGUGAGAGAGAGAGAGAGAGAGAGAGAGAGAGAGAGCGAGAGAGAGAGAGUGCGUGUUAGGGAUGUUUAGAGACUGUUUGUAUUCAUGGAUCACUGGUCAUUUCUACUGUAAGACGGCAAGCGCCAUGUAGAAACAUUAAUCUAUUUAUAUUUCCAUGUUUGUAUGAUCUGCUGUAUAACAUAUUGUUGUAUAUAUGUGAAAAUAGUGACUGAGCUGCGAUGAGAAUCACGUGGCUGCACUAGAAACGCUUGGAGAAAUAUGUUUUCCAAAGAUUGAGUCCUGCAUGCCUGGUAUUUUUAUGAAUAAAAACGUGA